CUGGCAGAUGAAACAUAAGGCUCUAUGAUAACUUAAUAGAGUGAAAGAGCCCAGGAGUGUUUUGUUGAAGAGUGAACAGUCAAUGGAUCCCCCAAAUCAUUUUGAACAUGGAGAUUGUCCUGCAUUCAGGCAGAAGAGAUCAGACUCCCCAGAGCCCAGCUGUGUGUCCAUGAGCAGUGACACAUCAAAGGAUCUGCCAUUUUCUGUAUUUAAAGUUGAUAGCGAUUCUCAGUCCAGGCAGAAGAGAUCAGACUCCCCAGAGCCCAGCUGUGUGUCCAUGAGCAGUGACACAUCAAAAGAUCUGCCAUUUUCUGUAUUUAAAGUUGACAGUGAUUCUCGGUCCAGAAAGAAAAGACCAAACUCACUGGAGUCCAGUUACAUGUUCAAGAAGAGUGACACAUCAAAGCAUGUUCUGUGUGCUAAAUCUGAAACUGGCAGCACUUGUGAUCACAGCAAUAAACUCAAAAAUAAGCUUAGGAAGAAGUUUCAACAUAUGCAUGAGGGAAUAGCAAAGCAGGGAAAUGCAGCGCUCUUAAAUGAGAUCUACACAGAGCUCUACAUCACAGAAGGUGAAAAUGGAGAGACUGCUUCAUCUUCCAAGAGAGAAGAAACGGAAGAUACACCAAUCAAUUCUAAUGACAUCUUCAAAUUUUUACCUGGACAAGACCGACCAAUCAGAACUGUAUUAACUAAAGGAGUCGCUGGGAUUGGAAAAACAGUCUCUGUGCAGAAGUUCAUUCUGGACUGGGCUGAAGGGAAAGCAAAUCAGGAUGUCCACUUCAUAUUUUCACUUCCUUUUAGAGAGCUCAAUUUAUUGAAGAACCAAGCAUUCAAUCUACAAGAUCUUCUGCAACUUUUCAUGGGCACUAAACAACUUGAAAUCUCUCCAAAUGAAGGUAAAUUCAUUUUCAUCUUCGAUGGUUUGGAUGAGUGUCGUCUGGGUCUGGAUUUUCACAACAGUGUGAGGUUGUGUGAUGUGACUGAAUCAGCCUCAGUAGACGUGCUGCUGACAAACCUCAUUGUGGGGAAUCUGCUUCCCUCUGCUCUCAUCUGGAUCACCUCCAGACCAGCAGCAGCUGAUCUCAUCCCCUCCGAGUGUGUCCAUCGAGUGACAGAGGUACGAGGCUUCAAUGAUCCACAGAAGGAUGAAUACUUCAGAAAGAGAAUCAGUGAUCAGAUCCUGGCAAAGAAAAUCAUCUCACACCUGAAAUCAUCGAGGAGCCUCUACAUCAUGUGUCACAUCCCAGUGUUCUGCUGGAUCUCAGCCACAGUUCUAGAGAAGAUGUUGAGUCAAGCAGAGAGUGGAGAGAUUCCCAAGACUCUCACUCAAAUGUUCACACAUUUCCUGAUCAUACAGACCAACAUCAAGCAUGAGAAGGACUACGAAAAGAAAGUGAACAGUGAAGACUUGAUCCUCAAACUGGGGAAACUGGCUUUCCAGAAACUUACUGAAGGCAAUCUGUUGUUCUAUGAAGAAGAUCUGAGAGAGUGUGGCAUUGAUGUGAUUGAAGCAUCAGUAUACUCAGGGUUGUGCACUUGUAGAGAGGACUUGCAUCAAAGGAGAGUCUACAGUUUUGUUCAUCUAACCAUCCAAGAACACCUAGCUGCUCUGUAUGUGCAUCACUCCUUUACGAAAAACAACAUUAAUGUGUUUAAUGUUACGGUACCAACUUAUGAAACAAAAAAUGAACAGAUUUUAAUAUUUGACCUACAUCAGAAAGCUGUGGAUGAGGCUGUAUACAGUAAAACUGGACAUUUAGACCUUUUUCUUAGCUUCCUUCUGGGCUUUUCUCUGGAUUCCAAUCAGUCGCUUUUAGAAGGUCUUCUGAUGCAGACAGAAAGCAGAUUUAGAGGAAUUUGUUGUUUCCAUAAUUUAGAGGAAACAGUCAAAUACAUCAGAAAGAAGAUAGAGGAACAUCCCACUCCAGAUAAAUUCAUCAAUCUGUUCCACUGUCUGAAUGAUAUGGGUGAUUACUCGCUAUUAGAUAAAAUGCUGUGUUAUCUAAGCUCUAAAUCUCUCCUAAAAACCCUGUCAUCCUUACAGUGGUCAGCUCUAAUAUUUGUUCUGUUGACCUCAGAGAACUUGGGUGUGUUUAAAUUUAAGAAUUUUGCUUCAGUUAAGGAUCCUGAACAAAGGCUUCAAAUUCUCCUUAAACUGCUGCCUGUGAUUGAAGCAUCAACAUCAGUUCAGCUCGCUGAGUGUGAAUUGACAGAAGAAAGCUGCGUUCCUCUUGCCAAAGCUCUCUGCUCAGAAGCUUCAUGCGUGAUUGAGGUGAACCUGAGUGAAAAUACACUGAAAGAUGAAGGUGUCAAGUUUAUCUCUAAAGGACUGCAGAAUCCUCACUGUAAACUAGAAAUACUGAGUUUGAGGAACUGUGACAUCACAAACGAAGGUUGCACUUUUCUGAACUCAGUUCUUAAAUCAAAGUCCACACAACUGAGAGAGCUGGAUCUGUCUGAGAAUAAACUAGGAGCCUCAGGAUUGAAGCUGCUUUGUGGUGCACUACUGAGCCCUCAUUGUAAACUGGAAAAACUGAAAAAUCAACAUCCUUUCUGAUGGACUGAGGAGUCCUUGGUGUAAACUGGAGAUUUUGAGGCUGAGAUUCUGUGACCUUUACACAGAUGAAGGUUGUGAUGUUUUGGCUUCAGCUCUAAAUUCAAACCCACACCUGAAAGCAUUAGAUAUGACGGGAAAUAACCUUGGAGAUUCCAGAAUUAAGUUGCUUUCUGCUAUACUUAAAAAUCCAUGCCUCAAACUGGAAACUCUGUGGCUGAAUGAUUGUGGUCUCACGGAUGAGGGUUGUGUUGCUCUGGCUUCAGCUCUCAUAUCGAACCCCUCACACCUGAGAGAACUGGAUCUGUCUCAUAAUAAUAUAGGAGAUGCAGGAAGAAAGCUGUUCUCCCUUACUCUAGACAAUCCUCACUGUAAACUGGAAGUACUAAGGCUGAUAGACUGUGGUCUCACAGAAGAAGAUUGUGCUGAUCUGGCUUUAGCUCUGAGUUCAGACAACUUGUGUUUGAGAGAGCUAAAUUUGUCAGAAAAUAAAUUCGGAGACUCUGGAAUUAAACACCUCUGUUCUAAAAUUAAGAAUCCUCACCCCAAACUGGAAGCACUUUGGCUGAUUGAUUGUGCCAUUACAGAUGAGGGUUGUGAAGCUCUGGCUUCAGCUUUGACAUCAAACCUCUCACAUUUAAAAAUAUUGUAUCUGUGUGACCAAAAAGUAACAAACACAGGAGUGAGCCAUCUUUCUGUCGCAUUGAAGAAUCCUGUCUGUGAACUGGAGACACUGAGGCUGUAUGGUUGUGACAUCACAGGUGUGGGUUUAGCGGCUCUGUCUUCAGUUCUCAUAGAGAAUCCACCCUUGCCAGAUGAUGAUAUGAGUAGAAAAGUAAAAGAUUUCAUAUUACAUAAAUUCAAAGAGAACUCAGAUCAUAAACAGGACUCAUAGUAAUCUUCCCAUAAAUUCAUACAAAUAUACUUUGUCAUGUGACUAAUUUCACUAAAUACAUUAUUUGUAUUAAAUAAAACAUUAAUGUAAAAAGUUAUAUAAACAUAUUUAUACA